UUCGUGCAAGGGUAGGUUGAUUGAUUUUAGCCAGGUUUCCGAUGAGGAAUUCCUAGUGCAGUUCGGUAGCGGUCCGAGAUACAAUAUCAAUCGCGUGGUUCGGGCAAGUGCAUGGCAUGUAGUGAACCUCGCACCGGCGCGUUAUGAUGAUACCUUCUUUGGCCACUUCCCAAUCCAUUCUUGCCAACUCAUUUGCACAUUGCUGCAGUCAGCGAGUUUGCCCUCUCUGUGCACAUUCUUUCUACAUAUUAUGCUGAGUCUCUAUCAUUGCCGGGUGAGGUGAAUGCCGAUGCAAAUCUCCUCUGCAUAUCACGAGUCACAAACAUAUGAUCUAAUGAAUACUGUGCAGUUAAGCAUGUGCGGGCAUCCAUCCCAACUGUUCUGGGUGGUAACCAAAUAUCUGAGGAUGAGAAACCAUGGCACCACAGCUACAUAUGUAUCCUUGUUUCAUGUGGUCUAUCUUACAAAUUGGUAUUGACAAAAUGUCUUUACCCGUCAAAUUUUGCUUGCUACCGGUGGUGUGUUGCACAGACAGGUCCCAAAGAAGCACCGAUAAGACUCCUCGCAACCAUCCAUGCAUUCAUGAGUACUACACACUUACCAGCCAAGUACUUAGCCUACGCAAGUCACUUUAACUUCUUAUGAUGCUAGAUUGACGUCGGAAUACAACACGCCCUGUAAGCUACAACAUUUACGCAAAUUCCAAUUGGGCUGCUCGUGGUAAAACGUGGAGAUCUGUAAGUCAUUUGGAAGCCCCGCUCUCUCUCCAAAAAAGGAAGGCCGCUAGCCCUUCGACAGGGGAAAAUGUCGAUGCUUCAAUUUGUUGAGGCUGCUGUCCUCCAUAUAAUGGUGACGAUGCUUGAACAUAGUGUACAAUAUGGUGUGCAAUCAUGGCUUUAUAUCUCCUCCGUUGCCAUCACUCCGCAUUCCCCAAUUUUUCUGCAUUGCCAUGCUCAGAUUUUGAUCGUUUGUCAUUGAUUCAAUCCUUCUUUGAACAUGCUGUCCUCUGAUAUCAGUCGGUUUGACGUGGUAGCUAUUCUUGGAACUUCGAUUCUUAUUUACUGCAUCUUGGGCAUUAUAUAUCGUCUUUACUUCCACCCGUUAUCCAAAUUUCCGGGUCCUAUAUUGCCUGCAGUCACCCUCUGGUCGGAAUUUUAUCAUGAAUGUAUCCAACCAGGCCAGUAUUUCCUUAAGAUUGCACAAUGGCACGAAAAAUAUGGUCCAAUUAUCCGGAUCGGGCCAAAUGAAAUUCAUAUCAAUGAUCCCGAUUACUACAAUACCCUAUUCUCUUAUAGUGGCGUGAGAAACAAAGAUCCAUUUUACACAGCCCAGUUCAAUACGCCAGAUACUGAAUUCGGAGCCGAGGAUCACUAUAUACAUCAAAUGAGAAGGUCUGCACUCAAUCCAUUCUUCUCAAAAGCUUCGAUUGAACGCCUUUCCCCUAUGUUAACUUCUAUGGUCGAGAAGCUCUCAUCACGCCUCGAAGAGUUCCGUAACACGAAUCAACCGCUCAUUAUUCGCCUUCCCUUUCAAUGCUACACGGCCGAUAUUGUUACACUUUACGCAACCAACCGUUGUUGGAAACAUCUCGAUAGUCCAGAUUUCAAUCCCUCAUGGGCACAAACCUUUGUUGCUCUAUCUGUCAUAUCAAAAUGGGCCAAAUUCCUUCCAAGUAUUUAUACCUUGAUGGAACAUACCCCGCGCUGGAUACUGAACAAAUUUGCUCCGAGCGUCAUUCUCAUGCUUGAUCAUAACAACAAAAUUCGCACCCAAAUCAGCGAAAUCCUUUCUGGCACCAUCCUCCCGGUCGAUGCCCCAAUCGAUGGCUUCCCACGUACCAUAUUUCAUAAUUUUCUCUCCUCUUCUUUACCGGAAAGCGAAAAGAAGUUCUCUAAUAUGAGUCAGGAGGCUACCAAUAUCAUUGGGGCGGGUACGGAUACGACGGCUCAUACGUUGAUGAUUUUGAUAUAUUAUCUAGCUAGUGACGCGGUGAGGUGUGAGAAGUUGAGGGAAGAAUUGAGGGGUGCGGGAUUGGAGAGGAGAGAGAAUGGGGAGCCAAAGAACGUGGAACUGGGGAUGGUGGAGAGAUUGGUUUAUCUGAAUGCUUGUGCUCUUGAAGGAUUACGUCUUUCUUACGGCGUCUCGAGUCGACUAGCUCGCAUCGCACCCAACGAGAACUUACGAUAUGGGAAAUGGGAAAUCCCCGCCGGUACACCCAUCGGAAUGAGCACAAUGCUCCAACACCACAACGAACACAUCUUCUCUUCCUCUCAUCACUUUAUCCCCGAACGAUGGAUUUUAGAAAAUGGGAGUAUAAACCACGCUCUUGAAAAAUAUCUUGUUUCUUUUUCGCGAGGCUCAAGAAGUUGUAUAGGCCAGGUUCUCGCAAAAGCGGAAAUUCACCUCGCGCUCGCAGUCGUCAUAUCGCGCUUCGAUAUCCGUCUCUACGAUACGGAUUUCGAGAGAGAUGUUAGGGUGAAGAGGGAUUAUUUUUUGCCCCAGCCGGGAUUGGAUAGUAGGGGCGUGAGGGUUUUGUUGAGUUGAGGUGAGGUUUUGGGGAGAAGUCUUUUGAGGAUUGGGAUUGGGAUUGCGGGUGAAGUUGUGAAGUUAUGAGGUUAUCGAAGUGGGAGGAGAGAUAUUGAGAUGGCGUGGAAUUGGAACUGGAACUUGAUAGCUGGAAGUUGAUAGCAAGACUGAUAAACCCUUUCUGGCUGUGGGUAUUUAUUGUUUCUGUGGACUAUCUCCUAAAUCUGAUGGUGUAAAAUUGACAAGAAUAUCUAUCUAUCUAUCAAGAGUCUUUUUUUAUGACUGAGGAAUUAACGCAGUGCAAAUAUACAAUGAGAUGGAUUUUCAUAGAUAUCCUAUCCUAGCCAGAUUACUCUAUAGGGAUUAUGAGAUUGCAUUAACUACCUAGCUAGAUCCAUAUCUAUAUCAUUUCAUGAGGAUCAAGCGAAUUGAUAUCUCCUAUCAUUUAACUUUCAUUUCGUUUCAUUUCAUUUCA